GGGAAAUUCCGCGCGUCCGGCCGAUCGGCGAACGGAGACUCUCGUCACGCGGGUCAGCGGACACCGCGGCGUCUCGACCGUGCCGUCGACGACGCGGACGCGCGUCCCCGCGGCGCAUGUCACGCGCGGGAAAUCGCGAAGGGGACGAAAAAAAUUGCCGUUCAUUCGCCGGCCGGCAUGGCGGACCAAUUAAGAGUAAGUUGCGCGCUGCCGAUGCGUUUUAUUCUUUGCGCGUCGUCAUCGUCGUCGCGAUGUAACACGCGCGAUUUUUGCGACCCACCACCCACGACGACGGCGGCGGCGGCGGCGGCGAGGAGGACUUUUCAAGCGACGCCGCUGUUGUAGGUACGUGCGCGCGCGACGCCGCGGCGCGGCGGCGCGCCGCUCCGCGAAGCGCCGGCGGAAUCCAUAAAUAAAACAAUUGGUUAUAUACAUAUGUUUUUCAAAUCGACGAAUGCUAUUAUAUAUUUUGUAUUGAGCACUCGGGGGGAGACGGACGGACGGACGGACGGACGGACGUACAAGCCGCCGACGCCCGCGGCUGGCCGCGCCGUGCGACACAGCUCAACGAGAGUCGCGCGUCUGUUUUUAUAAAGUAAAGCAACGGAGCACGACGACGUCUCGCGUCGCGUCGCGCCGUACACCGCGCGCCGCUUUAUAAUCCUCCUCGCCCAAUCCCCGCGGCGGCGGCUCGUCGCACACACAAAAGUACAUACGGCGGAACAAAAAAAGAAGGAAAAUCGUUAUAGAAUAAUCAAGCACGUCGCGCUUUCGCUCGUUCGUCGUUUUCGGGGAGACACGCGCGCGCCGAAGCGGCACCGUUUCUCGGCACCUCCGCACCGCAGCAUCUCGCCGCUCCUCGCACGAGGAUGCACCGCCGUCGUUCGGAUAUAUGAAGACGUCGCGUCGGGGCGGUGAGGCGACGCGCGUCCUAGCCGUCGUUUACGUGGACGGGACGGGGGAAAAGAAAACGACGUGCCGUCUCUCUCCCCCUCUCUCUCUAUCGCUCUUUUUCUCUCUCUCUCUCUCACGCUCUUCCUCGCGCCGCACGAGUACCGCGUGCGUGCCGACGUUUACUACUCGCUCUUCGCGUGCCUCAUUCUCUCUCUCUCUCUCUCUCUCUUUCUCUCUCUCGUUCUUUCUCUCCUUCAUACUCACACAACAGACGCCUCUCUCUCUCCCUCUUUCUCUCUUCCUCUUUCUUUUCCGUUCGCGGGGAUCAACGGAAAGAAAAGUCUUUCAGCUGUGCAACGAGAGGAAAAAUCCAGUCCCGCUCCAUUUUUAAUUAAUCCUCUUCUCUCUCUCUCUUUCUCUCCCCUCCUUCCCCCCUCUCUCUUUCUCUCUUCCAGCGGAUCCACACUUGAUUCAGCUUCCCGUUGUCUUCCCUGUUCCUUUUUGAAAUGGGUACGGCGGCACGCGAUCUCGGGCAGCGCGAUCGGCAAGCGGACCGUCGGCCCGCUGUGUUCCAGUGCCGGAUUUGUGCGGCCACCAUCACCGCCGACGACGAUGGGCUGCACAUUUUCGCCGAGGACGGCCGGCGUCAUUACCUGCAAACGAAGAUACGGAAAUAUCUGUACAUCCUGGUAUCGUCGGAGGAUAAAUUUUCAAAGAUGGUUUGUUCUGUAUGUAUUAAGAGACUGGAGGGUGUCCAUCGUUUUGCAAUGAUGGCAUACCGUACCCAAGAGAAGCUGAAGUCACAGCUCUACGGUAACGUUGACAAUACAAAUUCUGUACAACAUGAACAGAUGCACAAUAUUAAAGAUACCCAAGAUAUUGCAAAGAAAGUAGAAGACCGAGGGUUGUUACAUUCAAUAUUGACAAAGGGUGCAAUAGAAAUUUUAACAGAGGACGAAGCACCGGGACCACCAGAGUUAAAUUCCCAAGAAGAUAAACAUCAUACUCCGAACAUGGAGGAAAUGGAGGUGAAAGUGGAUCCAAUGUUAUUUUUACAAUGCGGUAUGGAGGAAUCUGCGUCAGAAGCUUCGGACUCUUCGGACAAGGAGGAAGAAAUAAUCAGGACAUCAUAUUCACCAGAACCAUUACCAUUAACAAAAAAAAACACUGAAGCGGAGGUGGGGGACGAGGAGAAAAAAGACGCGAGUGGAACGAAAUUAUACGAGGAUAAUGGGAAAACCGUGUCCAAUAUGAUGGUGAAACCGCACGAAUGUACAAUAUGCGCUCGAUCCUUCAUAUCGCAAAUCGGUUUGCAGAAUCACCUGUGGUCACAUUUACCCCGAGACAGAAGAUUCGACGGGAAGGCCAUUCUACGAUCUCAACACGUUUAUUCCACAAACGGUGUACUUCACACGAACGGUGAUAACAAUACGUCCAGCAACUUUAUCUGUCCAAUCUGCAGUAAAAGAAUCUCUACGAAGGGAAACCUGAAAGUGCAUUUAGAAACGCACAGGCCUAAAGGAAAAUACGGCUGCGACAUAUGCGGGAGAAUUUUUAAGACACAGUCGAAUCUGUUCAGACACAAGGAGUACCACGGCGGCGUGCAGUUCCCGUGCAACGUAUGCGGCAGAGUAUACCCGACGAAUUCGACAUUACGUGCCCACAGCAUAACGCACUCGGAUCUGAGACCGCACGCGUGCCCGCUUUGUGAUAAGACGUUCAAGCGUAAUCAGGAUCUGAAAUUCCACAUAAAUCAGCAUACGGGUGCGAGGCCUUAUCAGUGUCCUUAUUGUCCGAAAGCUUUCGCAAGCUCCGGAAACUGUUUUUCGCAUCGUAAAAGAAUGCACCCGCGGGAGGUGCAUCGCGAUCGGCAGAGAGCGGCUGACUUGAUGAGAUGAACCGUGGGCAGUCAGUAUGAAGAUUGGUCUUAGAAUAACUCGAAUAACCGUUCUGUCUGUCGCAGGUACGACCAUCGCGUCGGUAUUAGUUGCCGUAUGAGAAUGCAAAUCUUAUUUCCGGAGAGCAAGCAACGGUGCUAACGGGAGAACGGGGGAGAUUUUGUAUGCUUUAUUGUUCUUAACUUAUUUACAUUUUUAGCCCUAAGUACGUUGUUGUUGGUGUUAUAUACUUUGUUACUUAUUUAUCGAAUAUCUAUAUCUUUCUACUUGUCCGAGAGGAGUGUUCAUUAAUGCGGGAUGUCGGGAAACUUUCAUCGUUGUUUAGUGAGCUUAACGAUGAAGCUUUACUUCGUAACGUGUAAAUAACAGGGAAAGUAAGUUCGAGAUUUCAUAGCCAGAUCUCCUGAAUAUCGGUAGUC